AUGGUUCCUUUGGUUCUGCUUUCAAAAGACAUUGAGCAUAUUCUGCCGGCUGACGAGGCUGCCACCCGCGCAGGCGUGUGCUUCCUGUCCAAGAUCGGCAACAAAUUUACGUUAGAGAGAACGACAAAUGCUGAUUCCUGUUCUCCCGAUCGCUUGCUGCCGUUGGUUUGCUUCAAAGGUCAUCUUCUGUCCGGCUACGAUGCAUUGUGUAAUGCCUUAGAAGCUACCAGACCUGUAAAAGGGUCGGUAGUCCAGAUUGGUGAUUCACAAACCGAUGAUUCUCUAAUACUCAAGAGCAUGCGUCGCGUUUGUCUUGUCUGGCUGUCGGAUGUUCUGCGAAAUAUUAUGCUGUACUUUACAUGGAUUCACGAACCUACAUUCCGGUCUUUCACUGUGCCUCGUACCAGUCCUAACGUGCCAUGGCCAUUGUCCCAUCUGGUUCUGGGUAAUCAGCGCAAACGCUAUAAGACCUACAUGUCCUCCAUAGGAUGGGCUGAUAAGACGUUACCUGAUGUUUUAGCUGAAAUGGAAGGUGUGUGUUUCGGUGUGACCCAACUUCUCGACCCUGGGCCAUACUGUUUCGGCCGUCCAGAGCCAGGUCGCUUGGAUGCACUCAUUUACGGCUACUGGUCUGUGUUUCUCGAAUUCAACGACAUCUUCUCCCCACUUAAUCAGGUGGUUGCGUCAUGUCGCCCCGCCAUGGAACUCCUGGAAAAGCUGACACCAAGUGACGGAAGGAUUUAG